CGUUUUACUAUUUUAUUUAUACCCUGUAGUAAAUUAUUUAUACCGCAUUAACAAUAACAUGUAUUUAUUUAAAAUUAUAAUAAAAUAAACGAAUACUAGCCACAUAAGUUAUUAAUUAUUACAUAAAUGUGUAAUAAUCUCAACAAUAACAUCAUUUUGACAGCAAUACAACUACACAAACAUACGUAAAAGGAUUUUGACAAAAUUUGGGCAGGUGAAAACCAAACAAAACAAAGUGACUAAGAAAAAACAACAAAUAUUGCAGCUAUAAGAAGAAAAUAUUUGUUGCAAAAGGACAGACAAAAUGGGUUUCAUGUAUAUAUUAAGUUGGAUAGCAUUAAUAUUACAAAUAAUAUUUGUAACAAUAUCAAUAGCGGCCGGUUUAUAUUAUAUUGCUGAAUUGGUGGAGGAAUAUACCAGUGCUGCUCGCAAAGUCAUCAUGAUGAUGAUUAGCUUUACCAUGUUUGUUUAUACUAUGUUUAUAUUCUGUGAUGACUUACCCUGGAGUAUGUUGGUUAUGGGUUUUGUUACCCAGUUCCUUCAUUUAGCUAUAAUGAGUAAUUUUCCAUUCAUUAAAUUCUUGUCGCUGUCCUUUAUUGGUACAGUGGUGUGUCUAAUAGCAAAUCAUUUGUUAGCUUUUCAACAUUUUACCUCAGUAUAUUAUCCAUUUACUCAGAUUUUAGCCUAUUUCACCAUUUGCUUGUGGAUGGUGCCUUUUGCUUUAUUCGUUUCCUUAAGUGCUAACGACAAUGUUCUGCCCACCACCAUCAGUGAUAGUGACCAUCACAUGGGCCAAGAUGUGGUUAGUAAUUAUUUUUCACGUGGCAAAAAACAGGGCCUUUUAUCAUUAUUCAACUACGUAAAAGACUCCAUAAUGCCGGGUCGAAAUAAAAAAUCAUUUUGAACUCUACUAAAUUGAAAGUUAUUGGAGGUCAACCCCAACUCAGAGUGAAUAAUGUAUAUUAAUAAGUAAAGUGUUUUUCUUGGAUUUUAAGACAGAUUUUUUCGAAAUAAAGACUAUUUCUAUAAAAUUAGCAUAAA